CGAUGUCACAUGACUCGAGGUCCCAUGGUCCAAUCACAACAAAAUAAAAGCAAAACAAGGAAGCGGGUGUUUAUUCCUUCGGUAGCCGUAACGUCGGUGGAUUUUCAGUAUGCGUCUUUGGAAAGCGUUAGACAUGCAGACUGGUUUCCUCCUGUUGGUUUUGACCCUCUGGUCCAGUGCAGAUGUGGGGCAGUGCGUCUCCUCGUGCACCGCUGCUCCGUCCCAGUGGUGCUCCUCUGUGGACUCAGCCAUUCAAUGUGGGGUUCUGAAGCAGUGCCUGGAGGCCAACUUCACCCGCUCCCACUACCACCAGGACGACCGCUCGGUGCAGCUUGAGCUGUACUACGAGAGCCUGUGUCCCGGCUGCCGGGGCUUCCUCACCCAGAUGCUGUUCCCCACCUGGACCAUGCUGCAGGACAUCCUCAACGUCACCCUGGUGCCCUACGGCAACGCCAAGGAAUGGUUUGAUGGGAAAAAGUACGUCUUUACAUGCCAGCACGGAGAGGAGGAAUGUUUAGGCAACAUGAUUGAGACUUGUUUACUGACCCUGGCAGGAAGUUCAGCCUUCCAGGUCAUCUACUGUAUGGAGUCCUCCACUGAUGUCAUCAAGUCUGCUGAGGCCUGUCUGAACCUGUACCAGCCCACCCUGAAGUGGGCCAGUGUUGUGAGCUGUGUUGACGGGGACAUGGGCAACAAGCUGAUGCACCUGAACGCCCUGAAGACGGGGGCCCUGAAGCCUGCUCACAACUACGUCCCCUGGGUCACCAUCAACGGGGAGCACACAGACGUCCUGCAGAACGAGGCCAUGAAUGCCCUGCUGCCGCUGGUGUGCAGUCUGUACCAGGGCCCAAAGCCUGAUGCCUGUGGCUCCUCCCAGAGAAAGCCGUACAGGAGCUACUGCCACAACGACUGAAGAUAUCGACCAGGCCCGCCUCAACUUUUCAAAUGCUGUGUUGCAAACAUGUUGAAUUCUAACUGUUUUUUACUCUAAACUAAAAGUUUUGUGGUGGCUAUUGCACUUUAUAGUUCGAGUUAAAGGACUUCAACCAAAAAAUUUGAACUUUUUUUUUUUUUAUAAAAGGGAAAUGUAUUUUUAUGCAUUUUUGUAAUACAAGAUCUAAAGAUGUA